AUGUCUCAUCAUUUGUUCCUGCUCUCCCCGUCUGAUACGCCAAUAUACAGUCUGACGCAUUACUCUACUAAGCUGCCACAGCCAACGUCUUCGUCACUUUCAUCAAAUUUGCCUACAUGGUCUACUUCUGCCUUUGCGGGCACGCUCACGGCGUUGUCUGGGGCCUCUAAUGCUACACAGUCUCAUCACGUCCAAGGGGGUAGUGUAAGGAUGGGCGGAGGGCAAGAUCGACAUGUGAUACAGAUGAUUGCCAACGCAAGUUUGGAUGUUAUAGAAGAUGUCAUGCGAAAAGAAAGCGCCAUGUAUCUGAAAUCUGUAGAUAAAUUCAACGAAUGGACGGUGUCUGCCUUCAUCACUCCAGGAAACAUGAAAUUCAUCUUAUUGCAUGAGACAAAGAAUGAUGAUGGCAUUCGGUCCUUCUUUCAUGAUGUCUGGGAACUGUACCUCAAGUUCCACACGGCACAUUCUCCGAUACGCAGCAUUGUGUUUGAUACACGUGUUCGGGCGAGUGCGAAAAAAUACCUUUGA